CACCGGAGCCCGUUCCCAUUUGGGAAACAGAAGAGUCGCAGACGGUCUGAAGCUGCUUUUUUUUUUUUUCAUAAGGAAGCGAAAGCAGGUAAGCGAUACUUUUGGCCUUCUUCACUCUGGGACGUGUCAUUUGGAAAAGGGCUCCCCAGGUUCGCUGACGCAUAAUGAAGAGCUCUGACUCUCUGGAUGAUAAUCCGGUCGGUUUGCCCGGCUCUCCCUGGCUCCCCGGGCUCCGGAUCCUCGGCAUGAAGAGGUGGGGCCUGCGUCGCUGCUCUCGGCCUGCCUGCCUUCUCCUGGCGUGCCUGUCCCUGGCUCUGCACCUGUGUUUGGCCCUGUCCUCCCUCUCGCUCUCUCAGACGCCCUGCCGCCCUCCCGCCCGUCCCAGGACCAAGACCAUCAGGGCUCUGGUGGACGCCAACUUCACCUGGCUGGAGGCUGGCUCGCCCGGACGGGGCACUGGUGCCAGUCCGGUGGACUCAUCGCGCCAGGAUGCCCGCAGACCCCACGAUGCGCCAGCCGGGCCCCUCCCUGACGAAAAAGCGGGAAACAGCGCCCCCUCUCUGGAGGAAGGGCCCAUCGCCUCGCUUAACAUGGCCACCAAAAUGGACCCUCUUGCCAAGUCAGCAGGGGCGGGCCUUCCUAAACUGUCGGCUCUCUUCAGCCACCCUCUCUACAACCUGCCACGCCCGCCCCUCCAUGAAGAUGAUUGGCUGCUGAAGGUGAAGCCGAAGGUCAAGGGCAACAAUGGGGACAGCGUGCAGGAAUGGCUGAGUGACAACAAGGAGGCCUAUGACACGGCUCAGUGGAACAGCAGCAGCGAGUCGCACCCGCCCUGGCUGCGCUUCCACCUGGGCAUCACCCGCUGGCAGCUGUACCAGCGCAGCCGCCUGCAGGCUGAUACAUUAUCAUGGUACCUCCUCUCUCUCUUUUUGCUUCCAGUGCAGAAAUCAGGAGGGACUCAGCUCAAGCUCGUGAUGUCAUUCCCAAACUACGGACAGGCUCUCUUGAAGCCCAUGAAACAGGAACGUGACGCUGAGACGGACUUCAAUCUCUUCUACUUCUCCGACUUCGAGAGACACAACGCUGAGAUCGCCGCCUUCCACUUGGACAGGGUGCUGGGUUUUCAGCGGGUUCCACCUGUCGCAGGGCGACUGAUCAACGUGACCAGCGAGAUCCGUGACAUCACCACUGAUCGCAAGCUGGCCAGGACCUUCUACACCUCACCUGUGGGUAACGUGUGUUUCUACGGCCAGUGCUCGUAUUACUGCUCCACGGAGCACGCGGUCUGCGGGAGGCCCUGGGCUCUGGAGGCGUCUCUGGCCGUGAUGCUGCCUGACCGCGCCCUGGCACCCCGCCGCACCUGGAGGAGCCCCUGGAGGCGGUCCUACAGCCGCAGCAAGCGGGCACAGUGGGAGAAGGACCCAAACUACUGCGCCAAAGUGAAGGCCACACCCCCCUAUGACAGAGGCACUCGCCUCCUGGACCUGAUUGACAUGGCGAUACUGGACUUCCUCAUGAAUAACAUGGACAGACACCAUUACGAAACCUUCGAAAAAUUUGGCAACGACACCUUCCUCCUGCACCUGGACAAUGGAAGGGCGUUCGGACGGCACUCCCGAGACGAGCCCUCCAUACUGGCGCCGCUGCGACAGUGCUGCAGGAUCCGCCGCUCCACCCUGCUGCGCCUGCGUCUCCUGGCGCUCCCGCGGUACCGCCUCAGCGAUGUCAUGCGGGAGUCGCUCUCCCGUGACGGGCUGACUGCCGCGGCGCCGCUGCUCACCGAAGCGCAUCUCUCCGCCCUCGACCGGCGCCUGGCCGCCACGCUGCUGACGGUGGGCCGCUGUCGGGAGCGCCAGCGCGAGCUCGGCGGGGGCAAGGUCGUCUACGACGACAUCGCGGGCUACGACGGCGGAGGCGUCGCCACGGGCCGGUGAAGCGCCUCCGUCGGCGACAGAGCUCCCCACAGUAACGGCUGUGUCAGUCGCCAUGGAGACGACGCUGCUGCGAUGUCGUGGUGGGACUGUGAGAUGAUGUCAUCAGCAGAGUCAGCAUAAGGUGGCCUAGCAGGGGCGGGAUGGAAGAGGUCACUGCACCCCUGUCACGGUCGCCCGUUUUCCCUGGUUUAAAAAAAAAUAUGAGGCAGAGAUGCAUUAAAGAGACUUUGAAGAAUUCCUCUAACUAUGAAUUCCUGAAUAUUUGCUGGGGGAAUGAUGAAACUGCUUCGUGCUGAUGUGCCCGCAACUCACUUGACUUUGUAGAUUAACGCAGAAAUGCUGGGAAGUUCCACAUGAGUCUCAAGGAGCCGAGCCUCACUGGACACACAGUCGCUGUUAGCACGCAUUAGCAUCGUGCCGCCAGUCAUUAAGGGGGCAAUUACUUUUUCACAUGGGUGAUAUGGGUGUUUGUUUUUUUUUUUUCAUUAAAUAAAUGAAAUAAUUUUAAAAAUGUGUUUUGU